AUGGCAAGAACUAUGAAAGAACGAGUUAUAGAAUAUUUACAAACAAUUGACCCUAUCACACAACGUCGUCGAGCUUUUGCUAUAACAUUUGAUAAAGUAACGAUAUUAAGAAGAUCAAUGCAAGUAACAAUGAUGAUAGUAAUGGUAGAUGGUCAAUUGACACCUAUUUAUGUUCAAUCACCAUUAUGUAAAACAGAGCUGUCUGGUGAAGAAUUAUCUGAUAACUGUGUUCAUGUAAUGGAAUCAUUCACCUUGUCACAAUCAAUAUUAAAACAACAAUUAGUUGGUUGUGCUGUUGAUGGUGCAUAUAUUCAUUUGAGUAUUGGUAAACAUUUAUGUCAAAAGAUUGGCAUAAGAGAAGAAUGGUUAUCAAUACCAUAG